AUGAGCGCCGUCUACAUCGCCAGCGCAAAGCGCACGGCGUUCGGCGCGUUCGGCGGAGCGCUCAAGAGCUACACGGCUUCUCAGCUUGGUGGCUUUGCGGCAAAGGCUGCGCUUGCAGAGUUGCCCGAGGGCACCAAGGUCGACUCCGUUAUCUUCGGCCAGGUUCUCUACUCGGAUCCGUCGGCAGCGUACUUGGCGAGGCAUGUUGGACACUUGGCGGGUUUGCCGGUGGACGUCCCGGCGUUGACGGUCAACAGGCUCUGCGGAAGUGGCUUCCAGUCGAUCUUCAACGCGGCGCAGGAGAUCAGGCUCGGCGAGUCGCACGUCGUCCUGACCGGCGGAACUGACAACAUGUCGUUGUCUCCCUACACCCUCUCUGGCGCUUCCCGCUUCGGCACCAAGUACGGCGUUGACCUCAAGCUGGAAGACUCGCUUGCGCAGGCUCUUACCGACCGCGUUCCGAACUCUACACCCAUGGGCAUCACGGCCGAGAAUCUCGCGAACCAGUACGGCAUCACCCGCGAGGACUGCGACAAGUACGCGCAGCAGAGUCAGCAGCGAUGGAAGCAGGGACUCGACUCGGGCGCUUUCGAGGGCGAGAUCGCACCCGUCACCCUCCCCCCGAAGAAGAAGGGCGGCGAGCCGAUCAUCUUCAAGCAAGACGAGCACCCUCGCCCUUCCGUCACCCUCGAGCAACUCGCCAAGCUCCCGCCCGUCUUUGCCAAGAACGGAACCGUCACGGCUGGAAACGCGAGUGGGAUCUGUGAUGGUGCGGCGGCGAAUGUGGUCGUGAGCGAGGAGGCGAUCAAGCGCUACGGGAUCAAGCCGCUUGCGAGGGUUGUGGCGUACCAUGUCAACGCUGUUGAGCCGACCGUCAUGGGCAUCGGCCCUGUUGACGGCAUCCGCGGUGUUCUCAAGAAGGCCGGCCUCAAGAUUGAGGACAUUGACCUCUUCGACAUCAACGAGGCUUUUGCCGCCCAGUGGCUUGCGGUCCAGAAGGAGCUUGGCCUGCCCAUGGACAAGUCGAACGUCCACGGCGGUGCCAUCGCUCUCGGCCAUCCGCUCGCGGCCUCCGGCGCCCGCAUUACCAACCACCUCGUCCACAACCUUCACCGCCUCAACAAGCGUUAUGCGGUCGGCUCGGCGUGCAUCGGUGGUGGACAGGCGUGCUCGAUCGUCCUUGAACGUGUGUAG